AUUCAUCUCUCUCUCUCUCUCUCUCCUACACACCAAGCCAACUGUCAAAUUAAAAAAAAAUAAGUUUGCAAUUGCAAGCAUAGAGUAAAGGACAAAAAAUAGUCUAGGAUUUGAGUGUGAUUCUUUUGGUAUUUUUCAUCACACUAGCUUUUCUCUUCUUCUUUAUAUAGAGAAGGAAGAACAAGAGAAGGGUUCAUAUCACUCUCAUUCACUUCUCUCCAGCUAGCUAUCUCUUCUCUUUGGAUCAUUUUUAUUUGAGCUUAUUAUACUUAAAAACAGAAACACAACCCAUUUGGAAUUUGGAGUUCAUUAUUUGUAUAGGGAGAGGGUGUAAUUAAAAAAUGAAUAUAUCAACUUCUGAAUGCAGUAGUGGAUGUGAAUCUGGUUGGACAAACUACUUAGAUCAAUCUUCGUAUUCUGCUGCAGAACAAUUCCAGAAAGAUGGUAGUGAAGAUUGUAGAUACAAAUUAGGAGCAAAUGUGGAGGAGAAUGGUGAAGAUGAAGAUUUGUCGAUGGUGUCGGAUGCAUCAUCUGGGCCUCCACAUUUCCAGGAAGAUGAUGGAGAGGAUUGCUUUGAUGAAACUGGGUAUUUUUGUUAUGGUUCUUCAGUUUCUAAGCAACCAAACAAGACAAAGAAGGAAAAGAAAAUAAAACAACAAAGAGGCAAACAGCAAUUUUCUUGUCCUGAUGACACUGCUACCUCCCCUAUAAUGAGCUUUUCCAAGAAACAUGUAGCUCUUUCACCAAAUGGAGCUUCAACAGAGCACACCUUCUCUGCAACACCAUUUAAGGGAAAAUCUGCAUUACAGAAGCAGUUUGGUUUCUUUCAGUCUUCUGCGUCAGGAAAACCAGCUUCGGGAGCAACAGGUGGUUUGUCGGGAAGAAAGUGGGAAUGAGGAAAAGUAAAAAUGGUGUGUUGUGACUUGUAUGUAUCUCCUACUCUAUUCUGCUGUUGCAGGGCUGCCUGCAGCUUCUCAUGACACAGAAAAUGGGCAUGUAAAAGCAAAGGGCAUUUGAUAUCUCUAAGAAUCUUGUUCAUUGUGUUUUUCUUUUAUUUAUUUAAUUUUUCUUGUUAUUUGUUCCUUGUCAAUGCAGUAGGAAACAACCUGUGAACAUAAAAUGUUAAUAUAAAAUUCCCUGUUUUUAUCUCCAA